GUGAUUAUCUAUGCUUAGAUUAACCUGAAAAAAAUCUAACCUAUGCUUUUUGAGUUUAAAAUCAGAAACCAGAAACAAACAAUACUAUUUUAAUUAAACGUUGGUUGAACCAUUGUUAAUAAGAUAUUCGUAAAAUAUAUUUUAAUUGCAAGUGAUAGAUUUAAAUUUAUAGGAAUAUAUCGACAUAUAAACUCACCAUGAGCAAUAUUGAGUGUAGAAGGUCUUCGAAAAAAAGAAAACGUAAUGAUGAUGAAGAAGAAGAGAUCGCUCUAGAGAAGCAGUAUGAGGAGCAUCAAAUAGCUCCUCCACCCAUAAAAUUUAGGAAUUUAUUGCCGAUUAAAACAAAGCAAGGAUUGGUACCACAACAAAUUGUGCAAGAAGAUGAGGAAUCUGAAAAAGAAGACGAUGAAGAGGAACAGGUUGUUGAAGAAAAUGAAACUGAUGAAGAAAAUGAUUGUGACAUCACUCUUGAAAGCCUUGCGGAAGAUGAAACAGAUCCAUCGAAACCGCUAUCUGCCGCAGAAUUAUUCUAUCAGAGAAAUAAAGCGCUCACUCAGCGAAAGCUGGAAAUAGGCGUUUUGAGUUCUCAAGUCUUGGAAAAUCCAGAAGAAAAAGUGACAAAUUUGAGGUUGCUGCUUAAGAUUAUGGAUGAACAGACGCCGGUGAUUUACAUAACGGUCAGAAAAUUGGUUAUUAUAUCUUUGCUAGAAAUAUUCAAGGAUAUAAUACCAGCUUACAGAAUAAGGACCCACAAAGAUGAGGGAAUUUUAUUGAAAAAGUCAACUCUCAAACUAAGAAAAUUUGAAACCGAACUAUUGCAGCACUACAAAAAGUUUUUACAGAAGCUAGAGAAAGCUUGCAUGGCUCUUCAAAAGAAAAAAGGAAAUACAGCUACUCUUUCAAAGGAAGGUAAAGCUUUAGGUCAUUUGGCGUUGAGCGCCAUGUGUGAUUUAUUAGUUACGCAUCCAUACUUCAACUUUUCUGAAAACAUAACUCAAGUAAUUGUCCCAUUCUUGAACCACAAAGAUGCGACUCUGAGAAAGAUGGUGAAAGAAAAAGUAGAAACUAUUUUUAAGGAAGAUAAAAAAGAAGAGUUGACUUUGAAGAUUUUGAGGGUAUUGAAUCAUUACCUUAAAUCCCACGCGCAUAAUGUGAAAGUAGAGAUGUUGGAAGUCACACUUGUGUUAAGGUUGAGAGACGUUAAUUUGGAGAAAGAAAAAGAGCUGGAGGUCAAGCAGAAAAAAUUGAUGUCUAAAAAACAAAACGUCUUGCAAAUUUCCAAGAAAGAGAGGAAGCGUAAGAAACAAUUGCAACAUUUGGAAAAGGAACUUUUGGAGACCAAAGCGGAGGAAAACAAACAGGCAAAGCAGCGAAACUUGACUGAAAUAACGAAAAUUGUCUUCGCCGUUUAUUUCAGGAUAUUGAAAAGCUCUACCAACAAUAAGGCUGUGGGUGUUUGCUUGGAAGGAUUGGCUAAGUUUGCACACUGUAUAAACCUAGAUUAUUAUAUGGAUAUGGUGAACUUAUUGGAUAAAUUGUUGAAGGAAGAAUGGAUAGGAUUCAAAGAACAACUACAUUGUAUACAAACGGUAUUCGCUAUAUUAAGCGGACAAGGGGAAUCUCUGACACUGGACCCAACGAGAUUUUACAAUAACAUAUACAAAAAUUUGUUGGAAAUAAGCGCAUCGUCCAAAGCUCACGAACACUUUCUGAUCGUUCUCCAGAUUUUAUCCGACUGUUUGAUAAAAAGACGAAAAAAAAUAACAAAUAAGAGAAUGAUUGGAUUCGUUAAAAGGAUAGCGAUAUUGAGCCUUCACCUACUGCACAACGGUUCAUUAGGAGCCUUAGGUCUGGUCAGAAAUAUUAUGCAACUCAACAAAAAUGUGGACAUACUCCUAGACACAGAUAACUCGUUUGGCGACGGUAACUACAUGCCUGAAUUGGACGACGCGGAAUAUAGCAAUGCCGCUUCGACCUCCCUUUACGAGUUGGCAUUAUUGAACAAACAUUAUCAUCCGAUUGUUAAAAAAUUCGUCAAGAACAUAGUGAGUGGGGUGCCUACCUCGGGAGAGGGAUCUUUGGUGCCAGAAAUUGGAAAAUUGCGACCAGAGGAGCUGUUUCAAAGUUAUGACAUGUCCGAGAUGGCCUUCAAUCCUUCAGUUCCUGUACCGAAAAAGGAAAAGAUAACCCCUUCAGAAAGUCAUCAAUACAAAGCUGUGUUGAUCUCAAUCUUCCUACAUUUCAAUGGAACAUUUUGUUUAAAAAUGAAUCUAUGGUAGGACUACUGGAGUAAUUGAUAAUGAAGAAAACAAGGAUUCACUUAAUCUAGAAACAAGGGACGUUUUUCCUGAACCAGCCAUACCCAAAACUAUAACACAUAUAGGCCCCUUUUUCGCGGCUGCCAUACUGAAUUUUGAAACUUUGACCUCGGCAAUUUUAAUCGUUCAAACAAAUAAAAGACGAGAAAUUACAACUGUAAGUACAUUUGUUGUUGUAUAUUAUCCUUAUCUUAACUUUUCUUGUUUUGAGGCACAGAUCAUAAAAAAAAUAACCUUAAAUAACCUAA